CUAUCAUCUACAACUCAGUGUUGAAACAACCGUUAGUGCGCUACUACUAGUCAGGAUGAAAGUCUCAGUGCGAUCAAACAGGGUGUUGGCUUGCGUAGUGUUAUUUGCUUGCGCAGCAACUCACAUUCAAGGAUAUGCUAUCGAAGGACAAGAUUUUGCAACUCGAUCGACCAAGUUUACUCUGGAUUUCUUCCGGAAAUCAUUCAACGCCAAUGAAAAUACAGUAAUGUCACCGAUAUCCGUCCAGUCAACGCUGGCCCUGCUGUACCACGUGGCCAGUGAAAAUGCCGCCACCGAUAUGCAACGCAUCCUCGAAUUACCACCGACAGCCGACCAACUUAUCCCGGAUCUUCGCCGAUUCCUCGGUCGUACCAAUAACAAUGUUCUCAAAAUGGUAUCCAAAGUUUACCACAGCCAGGAAGAGCUCAAUCCGGAGUUUCUACCAGUGCUGCAGGAAGCCCUCGAUGUGCAAGUGGAAUCGACUGACUUUACCCAAAAACAGCAGGUUGCUGAUUCAGUGAACCAGUGGGUUGAUCACUCUACCAACGGAAUGAUUACCGAUCUGAUAAAUCCCGACGAUAUCCGCGAUGACGAGCAAGUGAUUUUGUUGACCGCGAUCACUUUGAACGCUCGGUGGGAAAUUCCGUUCAUGACCGUGCCCUGGAAGAGGACAUUCCAUUUUGUGAACGGAGAUCGCGAGAUCGACAUGAUGACCGAAAUGGACGAUUACUCGUACGCUGAGGUGGAUAACCUAAAGGUGCUGGAGAUACCCUACGAAGAGCAUACGGACCUUUCGAUGGUGAUGAUUAUGCCGACCAAGGAAUCCCUGGAAGAUUUAAUGAAGCGAUUCAACAUGAAACUCUACAAGAAGCUGAACAGUGCAAUGCGCGUUACAAAGGGAAACAUUGAGAUUCCCAAAUUUACGAUAAACUCCAAAAUUCCGGCGAAGGACAUCAUGGAAAAGAUGGGACUGGGAUCUGUCUUCGGUGUGGAUGCUUUCGACGUGUUUGUGAAAAAGGGAGCCCAGCUUUCUGAGCUGAGGCAACGUGCAGUUAUCAAUGUUUUCGAAGGAGGCACCACGGCUGCUGCCGUCACGGAAGGACGCAUCGUACUGCUGUCCGGACCAUCGUACGAGUUCAUCGCUGAUAGACCGUUUGUGUACCUCAUUCGAAGGCAAUCAACCGAGGAGAUAUUCUUUAUUGGACAUUUCUCGCAUCAUGAAUAGAUUUCAUAAUUAGGAUAAUAAUUUAUUAUUUAUUCAAUAAAACUUAAGUAAGCUGCCAUGUGAUUCAA